AUGGCCCAUCACCCAGACGGCGACGACACCCCUGUUCGAGACCUGCCAUUCUUCCACGACAUCAAUGUGAUGAUUCUAGUCCUGCAAAAUAGCUCUACUCGUCGAAAGCCUAAGUCACAUAUCUUCCGCCCUAGCGUUGGCGACAAUACUGGCGCCGACAAAUGGGCGGGCUUCGUGCCCAAGGAUAUGAGCCGCAAAGUCCUUACAUCCCGACGCCGGACCUCCAAGAUCCAGAUCUUGAUUGCCAGUAUCAAUACCUUGGCGUUUAUGGUCAAUCUGCAUAACUGCUGCUCGGAUGGCCUUUUCAUCUGUCUCGCAUCAUCUGCCGCGACCAUGCGACAGAUUACUAGCCGACUCAUCCGGCUGAACCAGACUCAGCCGGUGUCGUGGUAUAUCAUCCGACUUAUAAAUUCGUGCCAUGACUAUCAGGAGCGGUCACUGACCGGUAAGUGGGUGCGGCAGAUCGCGGCAGAGUGCCGCAUGCCGCCCAACCUGCCCCUCCUGUUCCAAGAGGUCCUCAUAUACGAGGCAAUUAAGUCGAUGUGGUGCCAGUCAUUCAACAGGUUUGCCUGGAUGCUCCUGCUGGAGCAAAACUAG